AUGGCGGUAGCCUACCCGCAAUUUACAGCCACCGAUACCCACGCGCCGCCGCUGCCGAUGGCCCCCCUCCUCACGCAGGACGACCUGAAGAGAAUCGCCGCCUACAAGGCCGUCGAGCACGUGAAGUCCGGGAUGGUCGUCGGGCUCGGCACGGGCUCCACGGCCCGACACGCCGUGGACCGCAUCGCCGACCUCCUGAAGCAGGGGAAGCUCAGGGACGUCGUCGGCGUGGCCACCUCCACGAAGACGCGCGACCAGGCCGCCUCCCUCGGCAUCCCGCUGUCAGAUCUGGACACCCACCCGGCCCUAGAUCUGGCGAUCGACGGCGCCGAUGAGGUCGACCCGGAUCUGAACCUGGUGAAGGGCCGUGGCGGGUCCCUGCUCAGAGAGAAAAUGAUAGAAUCGGUGAGCAAAAAAUUCAUCGUCAUCGUGGAUGAAUCCAAACUAGUGAGCCACAUCGGUGGGAGCCGGCUCGCCAUGCCGGUGGAGGUAAUUCCCUUCUGCUGGGAGCAUUCCCUGAGAAGGUUGGUGGGUCUGUUCGCCGAUAGGGGCUGUUUUGGGGAGCUGAGAAGGAGUUGCGGGGAGGUUGGGCAGAUCUACGUGACGGACAACGGUAACUACAUAAUCGACCUGUAUUUCGAGAGGGAAAUUGGGGAUUUGAAGGAGGCCGGCGACCGAAUUCUUAGGCUUCCGGGGAUUGUGGAGCACGGGAUGUUUGUCGGGAUGGCGACGUCGGUGAUUGUGGCCGGCGUUAACGGCGUGACGGUGAAGACGAAGGUGGUUGGGGGUGGAUUGGAGGUUGAUUGUUUUAGUUAUGGGGAUUUGAGGAAUGGGUUUUGA